GUGGCAUUGAAAACUUCCGGUAAAAACAAAAUAAAAAACGACAAAGUUAGUGUAAUCAUUUAUUAUAAUUUGAAGUACAAUCACCAGAAAAAUGGCUCAAACGUUUCAACAAGAAUAUAUGCAGAUGCCACCUAUGACACGGACAUACACAACUGCGUGUGUCUUGACAACGUUGGCUGUGCAACUGGAUGUGAUUACACCUUUUCAGAUCUACUUUAACCCUGAUCUUAUAUUCAAAAAUUAUCAGGUAUGGCGGCUUUUUACGAACUUUAUGUAUUUUGGACCAAUUGGUUUUAACUUUCUAUUCAAUCUGAUUUUCACAUAUCGAUAUUGUCGUAUGUUAGAGGAGGGCUCAUUUCGAGGGAAGACAGCGGAUUUUUUCUUCAUGUUUAUAUUUGGUGGAUCAUUAAUGAUUAUUGUUGCUCUUUUUGUAAAUCUAGUGUUUUUAGGUAGUGCAUUUACAAUUAUGUUAGUUUAUGUGUGGAGUCGACGUAAUCCUUAUGUAAGGAUGAACUUUUUUGGACUAAUGAAUUUCCAAGCUCCAUACUUACCUUGGGUGCUUUUGGGAUUCUCAUUAUUACUGGGAAAUUCUGUUAUAGUGGAUUUAAUGGGUAUUGCAGUAGGACAUAUAUAUUUCUUUUUGGAAGAUAUUUUUCCACAACAACCUGGUGGUUUCAAGAUUUUAAGAACUCCAGGAUUUUUAAAAACAAUAUUUGAUGCUAGAGAAGAUGAUCCGAACUAUAACCCGUUACCAGAGGAGCGCCCUGGAGGGUUUGACUGGGGUGAAGGUCAGAGGGCAGGGGAGCAAGAUGAAAGGGAUCAUCAAGAAUGAACUUUGAGCACUCACUAUUGACGGGAUCUGUGCAUAAUUUUAGAUAAAAACAAUAAUGUGAUAUGGAUUGCUAAUACCUGGAAAAAUCUUGUUUUGCGAAUCCAUGAGAAUUUUUUUCUUUUUGACUAUGGGGAAAGAUAUAUUUAUAUUGAAAGGUAAAAGAAUAAUGAAAGUUGACACCUGGACUUUUUCAACGAAUGAAGUGCAAAUGUGUUGCGGCCAUCUGGAUGACACGGGGAUAAUUGGAUAUGAUGAUACUGUGUUUAGAGUGACCUUAAGUGAAUGAUGAGUCUAUGUAUUGAUUCAUUAAAGGCACAGAAAGCCUCAGAAAUUACGACAUUUUUUUCCUUCCUUAAAUAGGACAAACAUUUGUUUUAAACUGUUUGUUGAAUUGGUUAAGAGCAAGUUACACAUACUUGAUUACCACUAGAAGAAAGUAGCACUUAAUGUUAUAGUAUUUGAGCCGUGUCAUGACAA